AUGAUGGAUUUACUAUCGCUCGAGAUUUCGUCCAUGCAGAAACAAGCUUUGGACAAAGCUCAUCUAUCAUGGCCUUGGAUCAUUCUCGCUGCAGUGCUGAUCCUCAAGAUUCUGCACAUUUUACGAGUCGUAUAUCAGCCUAGCCUGCGGAAGCUACCGGGGCAUUGGCUUGCAUCGUUCUCGCGACUCUACAAAAUAUUUCUCGUCUACGAUGGUCGUUGUCCCGAGAAAGAGCGGGAAAUGCAUAAGAAAUACGGCACUGUGGUACGGACAGGACCACAUCAUGUCUCUUUCUCUGACCCUGCAGCUAUAUCGUCCAUUUAUGGGAUUGCUGCAAACUUUCUCAAGAGUGAUUUCUAUACCCCCUUUGGAGCUCGACAUGAAGGGAAGGCUUUCGACACUAUCUUCUCCACGAGAGAUACGGUAUUUCACAAGCACUUGAAAAAUCAUGUGGCGCAGAUCUUCUCUCUUAGUUCGAUUCGCACCCUCGAGCCGAUGGUAGAUGAGUGCUCGGAUAUCUUCCUGAGAACGAUGCACCAGUUGGCUGGCGGGAAAGUCGAUCUCGGGGAAUGGCUGCAUUGGUAUGCAUUCGAUGUCAUUGGCUCUAUCACAUUUAAUAAGAGGUUCGGCUUCAUGGAGCAGCGAAAAGACAUCGGGCACAUGAUUGCCGUGAUUGAUAAGGUUCUCAUGUACGGCACGGUCAUUGGACAAAUCCCGUAUUUGCAUCGUUACUUGCUGGGAAAUGAUCAUUUACCGGCUCUAAUUGCUAAGCUGGCGCCUAAUAUCCCCAAUCCGAUUGUUUCUAUCAUUGAGUCCGCCAAAACUGAACUAAUACGCUACGACAGAUCUAAGAAUGUAUCCGGUAGAGGAGAUUUCUUGGCCUGGAUUAGAAGGGAAAUGCAAAAGGGCAAGGAUAUUAGUGAAGAAGAUAUGGUGAAUCAUUUGGCCAAUAACUUACUUGCAGGAGGAGACACAACAGCUAUCUCGCUCCGUGCAACCAUCUACUUCCUCAUAAAGAACGCCCAAGCAUACCGCAAAGUGAUUGCGGAAAUUGACGCGGCCGAUGCCGCUGGACAGCUCUCCAAGUUCAUCACCUUCAGCGAGUCCCUGGAGCUCAAAUAUCUACAAGCAGCAAUUCGCGAAGCAAUGCGUCUCCAUCCCAGCGUCUCCAUGCCCCUAGAGCGAGUCGUUCCCUCGACUGGCGCAACCAUCUGCGACAUCAACCUUCCAGCAGGGACAGUGGUUGGCGUAAAUCCCGCCGUCGUGCACUACAACACAGAUGCCUACGGCGAUGAUGCAGCAGAGUUUCGGCCAGAGCGUUGGCUCGAGAGCUCUGAGGAGCAGUUGAAGGCCAUGAAUCGGUGCUUUUUCGCAUUCGGGCACGGCUCCCGCGCGUGUAUUGGAAGGAACAUCUCUAUCAUGGAGUUGGGCAAAUUGGUACCACAGUUCCUGAGAGAAUUCGAGAUUGAGUGGGCUUCUGAGGAGCCUACUUGGAAGCCACAACCAGAGAAUCAUCCUGAGCUUCAUCAAACCUUACAACGACCUCACCAAACCACCACGCUGGAUCCUCCUCCUCCCUCAAUCGUGACAACCUCCCACCACCGCCGCCGAUCGUCGACCUCCGUCCCUCCUCUCCGCCUGGUCAAAGAUUCGCAGCCAUCACAACACCCAUCCUGGGGCCAGGGUAGCACCUCCGGUAUCCCCGCCGGUCCCAACUCUGUGCGCCCUACAACCCUCACUCCGAUUCCCGGCACACCUUCAAACCCGCUGCCAUCGCCCAUGACACUCUCGCGAUCUCCUUCGCCCUUACCAGGCGGCGGAUGGUCAAGUCCCGGCCUUGGUUCCGGCAGCGGCGCCACGAGCCCACGCUUCCCAACAACGGGCCACGGCUCGCUGAGUCCCGGCGCAAUAUCAUGGGCAAGCGCAAAGGCGAAGAGCGAGGAGGUAAGAAGUUACCCGUCGUUUUCGACGAGGAAUUCGGGAUUCUUUUCGAGACAGAAGCGCAAGAUUUCGGCGAGUUUGCCAAGGUUUUCGCUGUCGAGAGAUUUUAGAGAACAAGAAAAACUUGGUCGUGGUCGGUCGUCGGUACUCGUCGAAGCGUAUCGAGGCUCUGCAUUAGGCAACGGAAGGAAAAUCGUCAUCAUCACAGCAUCAAACGUCGAGGGCGGCGUCAUGGAGUGGAAAGGAGCACGCGAAUGGGCAAUUGAGCGAGUCAGUUUAUGGAACAAGAGGAAAUACGCCAAGAAAUGGGGAUACGAGAUUGAAGUGGUUAACAUGGUGGCCAAGAAGCGAUAUGCGCAUGAAUGGCGCGAGAGCUGGGAAAAGGUUGAUUUGAUCAGAGAUGCAAUGAAGAAAUAUCCAAACGCGGAAUGGUUCUGGUGGCUUGAUCUCAACACCUUCAUCAUGGAAUACUCCUACUCGCUCGAAAACCACAUCUUCAAACACCUCGACGACUACACCUACCGCGACAUCAAUUAUUACAACCCUCUCAACAUCACCCACCCUCUAACCGACAUCUAUCUCGAUCCCAUCUCCCGAUCUGCCACCGGCGAUCAAGAUCCUUCUUCCAUCAACCUCGUCCUACCGCAAGACUGUGGUGGCUUCAAUCUCGGUUCCUUCUUCAUCCGGCGCUCCGACUGGACCGACCGUUUACUGGACGUCUGGUGGGACCCCGUCCUCUACGAACAAAAACACAUGGACUGGGAACACAAAGAGCAAGACUCCCUUGAAUAUUUGUACACAAACCAGCCCUGGAUUCGUCCUAGCACGGCUUUCGUGCCGCAGCGAAGAGUAAAUUCGUUUCCGCCAGGAGCGUGCGGCGACGGUACGGAUUUGGGUAUUCAUUACCAGGAGGAGCAUCGCGAUUUCUUGGUAAAUAUGGCGGGKUGUAAUUGGGGCAGGGRUUGUUGGUCAGAGAUUUAUGGGUAUAGGGAGUUGAGCAACUGGCUGAAUCGGACGUGGUGGGAGAAAUUCAAGGAUUCGAUUACGGAUGUUUGGAGGAGGUGGAGGGGUGAAAAGACGUUAUUCAAUGAGAACAACGUUCGUGAAGAGGACCUGGGGGCAUUCGCCAACGUGUGCGCAGAGAUUAACAUGGCAGAACAUCUCUUCUACCCAGACUCGCCACCAAAACCACUUCGGAUCGGGUAUAAUGGGCCGCUCUACGACGGCGGGGACUGGGACACAUUCCCUUGUCGCCAUGGCUGGAAAACGGACACGGGAGCCGACAAAUUCCAUUUACGUGCCCUGCCGGUUGAAAUGAAGACUGGAAUCGAGUGCUGGCUCUAUUUCGGCGUGUUGCACAAUGUCUUUGUGGGGAAGGUUGAGCAGGCUGAUUUCUUGCUUCGCGGAGACGAUGAUGAUAUGGGGCGGUACGUAACAACAAGGGAGUUGUAUAAAUACGUCGAGAAUGCGAAGGAGUGGAAGAAAAACAAGACCAGCGAACGGGUUGUGGCGAUUGUGCAGAGAGUGAGCGAGCAACUUACAAAAUACACCUCUGUGUUGAGAGGGGACAUGACUCUGGCUAUCAGAUUGCUAUGUCAAGCUUUAUGGAGCAUCAGCGUAAAAAGAGAUGGUCCGCAGACCAAAUCGGGACAUGUGCAGGCCUGGUUUCUUGUUAGGGAUUAUGAAGCUGACCUUUUGCUGAAGGAAGGGUGGUGUCCGUGGGAAGUCCAGAAGUCGCGUAUGACUGGUGGGGGCGUCGAAACUCCUGCAUAUCUGUUGCAGUUGGUACGCAAGAAGCCUGAGUGGGAUAGGAAGACUCAUGAUAAGUGCAAGAAGACGGAGUGCGUAGCGAACAAUGUGGAUGAGAGUGAUUAUGUUACGAGGCAUGUCGUGGAAGGUUGUGGGUGUAAGCAUCAACAGGCCGAUGUUGAGCAGUUACAUGCCAUACUCAAGGAUGGCAGUGUUCCGUUGGUAAGUAUUUCGCCGACUAGUGAGCUCGAUGAAGAAGGGAAACCGAGUUUCAAGAUUGAGAUCGUGCGCAAAAGAAGUGGGAGGCAGUAUGUGGCGAUCUCGCAUGUGUGGUCUGAUGGAUUGGGGAAUACGGAUGGAAAUACGCUGCCAGCUUGUCAGAUUCAAUUGUUGUAUGAGCGGGCGAGAGUUUUGAUUACCGAUAAGGAGUAUGUGCCCAAGUAUACAGGUGGACCGUUUGGUGGAAUACAUACCAGUGCAGCCCGGCUCGUGCAUUUCGCGAGCAACCAAGCUCGAAAGGAUGAGUCAGUCUUGUUGUGGAUUGAUACAUUGUGUAUCCCGCAUCAACGAGACGUAAGAAGUUUGGCGAUUCAGCGGAUUAAAGAGGUAUAUCUAGACGCAUAUCGAACAAUGAUUCUCGACUCCGAAAUGCGCCAGGUCGAUUCCAGCUCUACAACGAACCUGCAACUCCUUCUCCGAGUCCUCUACUGCUCAGGCUGGAUCCGUCGGCUCUGGACUCUCCAAGAAGGUCUUGCCGCCAAAAGCCGGCUGUACGUCAUGUUCGCCGACAAAGCAAUCAACAUCUCCACCAUCGCCGACGACAUUCUUACCAAGACCGAAAAGGGGAAGAUCCCACUACUACAAGAGAAUGUUGCUUUCUAUGGGAUGGCGUUGUGGUUCUCGUUUUUCACACGAACGAUUGACUACGGCUCGAAAUUUGAACGUGCAGUGGACAUUUUCACCAGUCCAUUUGUCAAGGAGGUUUUGACCAAGGACAAUUUACUGGCGUGGAAUUGGUAUAAUGUCGCGAUGAGAGCGACGACUAAAGCCGGUGACCGACCCAUCAUUCUCGCUGGUGUGCUAGAUUUGGAUGUCAAGGAGAUCCUCGAAGCCCAGGGGUCUGAUGCGCGCAUGCGCAAGUUGUACGGCAUGUUGGACGAGUUUCCGCACGAUAUUUUAUUCCAGGAAGGUCCCAGGUUUGAGGAUGAUGGCAUGCGAUGGGCGAUUAAAGUUUGCCAAUUUGUCGAUGUGCCGCGGUAUCUGGGCCAUGAGCCUGGGAAGAUUACGCCGAGAGGACUGAAAAUCUCGGCUCUGUCGUCAUGGCUGUUCCCUUCACAGUUAGGUUUUGACCUCAGCAAGAUAGAUUUUGAUGAAGGUCAACGGGCUUGGGAGAGAUGGCUUGCUGAGUAUGAGCUUGAAUCUGUGCAGUCACCGAAUCUGUGUGUUUUCAAGCCCAAUUUUGAGGUUGAAUGGAAGCCUGAUGCAAAUUAUGGAAUUAUCUUGAUGGAGUCCAAAGCAUCGCAUCCUGGAGGGCUUGCAUUGUGUGCAUUAGUGGAGUUGCGGAGUACAGAGGAGAAUUAUAUCCACUUUGCGAGAUAUCUGGGAGUUGGGACGGUGAAGGGGAUGUCGAGUUGGUCGAAUUUGCCGGAGAAUGGGGUUUUGUUGCCAUUUGGUUGGGACAGACUGCAGAAAAGGGAGUGGGUUGUUGGUUAG